ACUGCUUGGUGACUGGGUGAGGCGAGCCUCCAAGGGCACCUUCUUGUGUAGGCGUUGCCUUGACAACUAUGCUUGUCAAGCUAACGUGAAGGUUAUUACUCAAUGCUGGUCCUGGUCAUUCGGGAUCUUGGGAGGGGUGGGUUUAUACAGAAUUACGGACUUAAGUUCUGACACAUUCUGCAUGAAGUGGCGAUCCUCAGACUUGAAUCUGUGUUCUCAAGUUUGUCAAGUUAUAAUGUUUUCAUUUUUGGGUUAUUGUUCAUACAGUUCUGAAAACCAAUAUUUUUUCUUAUUGGUAGUUCUGCAUGCCAAUCUGGCCCACUAAGAAAUGCAAAAAGAAUAUGUUUUUACUGUGGAUCAUUCUUAGUUGGUAGUUAUUCAGCUUCUUGAUUUUGAGAGACAUUUAUGAAUAAUUGCUAAAAUAUUCAUUGUUAUCUUAUUCUAUAUCUCUCAUACUUUUUGCAUCUUCCUUAUGGAAUCCACUCAUUGUAUAUCUCCAAUAUAACUGUGCUAAACUUUGAUCUGAAUCUUUUAUUAUCAAAGGAUAAAAACUGAUACGAGCAUCCCAAGGGGGGCGCAAGAUGCAGCCACACCCUUGUACAAUUAAAGCUGAAACUGAAAAUUACAACACAGCCCAAAAAAAGAGCAUCCCUAGCAGCCCCUUGUUUGGCUAAUAAAUAUGCCAUUGCAUUAGCAGACCUGUUCAUCCAUUGUUUCCUGAUAGUCAUAUGCAAAGUCAGCCACUUAAUUUUCUUUAGCGGAUCCCUAUACUUCCAAGUAACAGAAUCCUGCUCCUGCAACCACCCCAAAGCCACCUGAGAAGAAUCACCCUCUAUGACUAAGUUGUUCAUCCCAAGUUGAUUUGCAAUCUGAAUACCCACGGGCCCUGAAAACAAAGACAAGAGAAGCCUACUGCCUACCCCAGACAAGCCGGGAUUAUCCUGAUUGCUCCCAUCAAAAUUCACUUUUAUAAACCCUUCCAAAGGUGGAGCCCAAGCUGUAAUGGACCUGCUUCUUCCUGUAGAACUAUUUGCCACUUCCAACUAGUUCCCCCAGAGGUCAUCAAAAGUGAAAAACUGAAAGGAGUUCAGGGUUUUCAACCAAUGUAUUGCCCUUGUUAGGAUGUUCUGUUUUAAAUAUUUUGAUUACUUAGCAUCUAAUGCACUGGUGAAUUUGUUCAAAUUCUCAAAUUAGGCAUUUUGUUAAUUGCAUACAUCAGAUACACCUGUGUAUGUGUGUAGUUGGCAUCUUCCCUUUAUGGAUCAAAUAUCAGAUACAACCUUGUUCCCUUCCGUUGUGGAUCAUUUGUAUUCAUUGAUCACCAUCAGGAUAUUGAUUAUCCCCUGAUUUCUAUUUUGUCUAAAUGUUUUGGUUUCUUGUCUUUUGUGUGCUGAAAAAUCGCAGAAGAUUGAUAUUUAUAAGAAAGUAAAAAAAGGAAUACUGAAGAAAAAGAUUAUAAAGAUACAACCAACCCUAAACCCGAUCAAGGCUGACCCAACCCUAAUAGGAUUGGGUCAAUGCAUGUUUACCACUUAACCCGACCCACUAAUAUCUGUAAUUGUUAUAAAUAUGUGAUCGUUUUACCUAUGAGCUCUUCAAUCUGAUAUAACUUGUGCAAGUUUUCCUCAUCUUAGUUCUACCAUGGUGCUUUUAAGCUACAAAUGUGGGCUCCUUGUUGACAUACCUGUGUGGUGAGGUUCUGCUUCUAGUUUGUUGAGAAAGUAACCAACUAGGUUGUUUGAACUCACACCAAGAAUUAUAUAUGCUUUGUAUUACACCUGUUUGUAUAUGUCUUCUUUGUUUAGUGUUCUAUGUGCUGUUGCUUAAUUUUUCUUGUCCAUAUUAAAGAUAAAAUUAAUCUGUAGCAGAAUGGUUUUGAUGUAUGCCUUUUCUAACCUGUAGCAAAAUUGUUUUGAUGCAUACCUUCUGUGUUUGUUGUUCUUAUGUUUGGUCUAUGUUCUUUUUUCCUAUGUGCUGCUGUCUGAUUGGAUUUUACUUAAUUGUGUAUACAUACAUUUAACCUCUAUCAGAACUGUUUUGAUGUAUGCCUUGCCUGUUUACAAGGCUUUUGAUCUUUUCCCCCACUUUGCUGUAAGCAGAACCUCCUUCUCUGAAUCUCACUGAAUGCUCCUAGUGUCAUUGAGAUGUAUUACUCGGUGGUGAAGCGCCUUUUUGUGCUUCCAUCCUAUAUCAAUAAUACAAAUCGACGUUUUGUUUUCUCUCCUAUCAUCACUAGCAACUAUUCUCAUUUCUCCACAGACUCCAAUACUCAACCUUUAUCUCCCCCAAAUCCUAAUAAUCAUCAAUUACACCCUGAAAUCAAGGCUUCAUCAUCAUCAUCAACAACAGAAGAAGGUGCACCAAGUCCUCACUAUGAGACCCACAGCUCAAAAGAAGAGCAAAGGCAGAGAGUUGAAUACCAAGAUGAGCAGGCCUGUGUCCUUCGAGCUUCCCUUCAUCAUGUGGUUAGGUUGGGAUGGACUGAAACAGCCAUGAUUAAAGGGGCAAGGGAUGUUGGGCUGUCUCCUUCUAUUAUUGGAUCUUUCCCCAGAAAAGAAGCUGCACUCGUAGAGUUGCUGGAAAUAAAAGAGAGUUGAGGAGGUGAACAUAGUUGAAGCAGAGAAUGCGGAAAAGUAAAAGAAAAAACUGUAGAAUUGUAAGAGAGAAUGAUGUAAACUUGUUUUGUUUUUAAACUCUGAUGUUAGUCCCCGCUUCAUUUUUAGCCAAUAAAUUUGUACAUGUGUAAA